AUGUGCUAUUUCAUGGGGCAACAUUUCAUGGUUCCACAUAUCAUCGCUGGAACUUUGGUUGUUGACUGGAAUGGCAUAGGAUUCAAAAGUGUCUUUCUGAUAUCCAGUAAGCCCUAUAUCUUCAGCAAUGGGUACCAAAUAUGCUUUGAUGAGGAACCGUCACCUGAUUGCAACCUAGGCUACAUUGUGCCUGAGUGGGUUGAUGAGAAUCCGAGCCUUUCUGAAAUACAAAAUUUGUAUGGUUCUACAAAAAGCCUUCCUAAAACUAUUAUAAUCUUGCCUUUGAAGAUGGAAAAAGAGUCAGUUGUGAAGGAACAACUAUCAAAUUUACAACCUGAGGUCCUUCUUUUUCUUUCUAAAAUUAGGCAAUUAUCUGUGAGGGGAGAUAGCGAAGACUCCAAGUGUAAUACUGGCUGCAAGAUCUCAAUAUCUGGUGAAGACAAUUGCCAAACGAGAAGAAACAUGAAUGCCGAAUCAUACCCUCUGCAUCUUACUGCUCAAGAGGGUGACAAGGGUGAUGAGGAACAAUGCUGUUAUUACAUGUGGAAGCAAAGGUUCCCUGUAAAACAGGAAUGCAUUUCAAAGAAGAGGGCUGAAGUUGAUGAAUGGGUUAUUACUCUGGCUUUUCCCUUUGGAAGGCGGCUGAAUCGUGGUGGGAUGAGAAUGUCUGGUGUGUAUUCCUUUCUUCCUACUGACAUGGAGACUGGUUUCCCAUUUAUAAUCCAGGCUGAUUUCCUUCUAGUUUCUUCAAGGGAGUCGAUACAACUAAAUAACCCAUGGAAUGAAGGAAUUCUUAGCUGUGUACCUUCUGCAUUUACGAAUGCUUUCACUACACUAAUUAAAGGAGCACAUGAGGCACCCUCAUUUUCCAUUCCCUUCUUGUUCAAUUUCAUACCACUGGAGGAAUCUCAUAUCAAGUUGCUAGAUCCUGUGAGACAAUCCAUCAAAGAAAAACUUAUUGCUAAGCGUAUAAUACCAUGUGAAUUAAAGAAUUCACAAAAGAUGUUCUGUAAGCCCAGUGAAAUUAAGAGGCUUGAUCCUGCAUUUUGGCGAGUUCUAAUUAAAGCACAGGAGUCUGGGGUUGAUAUACUUAACCUGCAUUCACAUGGAAGUCAUAUUGUGAAUGCCUACUUGGAUAACGAUGACUAUAAUAAUGUACUAGGAUUUGUGGGAGUGGACUACGUUGAUCCAGCAUGGUAUCCAUCAUUAAUUCAGGGUUCUAAUCUUCCAAAGGGAAUGCCUGAUGAUAUUUAUGUAGAGCUUCUAAAUUUUAUUGCUCAGAAAUGGAACUCUUGUUUUAAGGACAUACCUUUGUUAAGGUUUAUUGAUGCCACUGGCGGCUUAUCUUUGUUAAGUGUAUCACAAGCAACAAAUGGUUAUAAGAAGCUAUGUAUUGCCAACGGUGAUGAGAUCAUCACAUGGCUUAUCAACUGGAACAGGGAGUUUAUAUCUGCCUCAAACCUAUAUUUUAUGCCGCAGACCAUGCAAUUGCUUUUAAGAACGUCAAAAUUAGGAGUAAUGGAUUGGCUCAAGAAUUCUGUGAAGCUGCAGAGUUUAAAUUUUUAUGACUAUGGGUCAAUUGUGAUCAAGUCACUAACUAGUAGCAAGCAUGUCAUAGCCUUCACUCAUUUUCUAUAUCAUUCUCAUAAGUGUAAUUAUGCUAAGGAAUGGUGCAUAAACGCAUUGGUCUCUCGCUUGCCAAUAGUAGAUGAGUAUGGAAAAGUGAUACUUGAAAAGACAGAAGUCCUUGUGCCGGCCAGCAUGGGCAAAUGGAUAACGUUAAUGGGUUCAAAUCCUUGGAGGGCUGAAAAAUAUUUUGUAUUGAGCAGUGAGUAUUUGGCCACUGCCAAUUUUGCAGGAAAUGUUACAUGUGAAGGACAGAUUUUGAAGUUCCUACAACAACAUGUAAAGGCCUCUGAUGUUCCACAAGUUUAUCCUCCAAAUGCAGCUUUCAAAACUGUUUACUCUCCUUUGACAAAAGACAAUGCAUUCUUGUUACUUGAAUGGAUUAGAAAUAUAAGAUCUCGUGGAACUAAUUGUAAGCUGCAGAACUUUUUUAGCAGCAUCAAAACUGGAAGCUGGUUGAAGACAUCAAUUGGUUACAAGCCACCUUCUGAGUCAUUCUUGCCGAGCUCAGGUUGGGGAAGACUACUUCAGGUAGCAUCAACACUUGUUGACAUACCAUUAAUCCAGAAAGAUUUUUAUGAUGAAAAGAUAACAGAGUACACUGAAGAACUUAAAGAGAUUGGAGUUAGAUUUGAUUUUACGGACGCAUCAGAAUAUAUUGGUAGCCAUAUCAGGACUGCAACAGCUAAUUCCACCUUAACCCGAGCAAAAGUCUUUUCGUUGCUCAAUUUGGUCAGAUAUUUGGGAGAGGUAAGCUUGUCCCCUGACUAUCUAAUUCAGAGCACCAAAACUGCAAAAUGGCUAAAAACAUCAGUUGGUUUCAGAUUAGCAUCAGAAUCCAUAUUGCUGCUUGAUUCAGAAUGGACACUUGCAUCGCAUGUCUGUAAUCUCCCCUUCAUUGACACUUCUUUCUAUGGUGAGCAGAUUGCUGAUUACAAGAUUGAGCUGCAGUUAUUUGGUGUUUUAGUUGGAUUCAACAAAAAUUAUCAGAUUGUGGUUGAUAACUUCGAAAUGCCUUCUAGCUCUGUAUCUGCUGAUGCUGCCAUUUUCCUACUUGAUUGCAUACGGAAUGCUUACAUUCCUGAUGAUUUCUUCGGAAAGUUAUCACAGACUAAAUGGUUGAAGACCCAGCUUGGCUAUGAAAAUCCAAGUGAAUCUUUUCUGGCUGUCUUAGAAUGGGAAUGCCUUCUUCAGGUUGUCAGCGGCAUUCCAGUAAUAGAUGAGGCAAUGUAUGGCGGUAGAAUCAGGUCAUAUCAGGCAGAGCUAAAGAAAGUUGGAGUAGCAGUAACCAUAGAUGACUUCUCAAAAGCUAUUGCUCUUCGAUUGAAUCGUCUUUUAGAGGGAAGAUUUAUCACAAACAAAAAUGUUCUUGCAUUGUUAUCAUGUUAUAGGCAAUCUCCAAAAGCUUCGAUCCUAUUCAGUCCAGAGUGGCAACUUAUCUCAGCUAUAUCAAAUCUUCCACUUAUUGACGGUAAUUCUGACUUCUAUGGUUACUCCAAUGAGAUCUAUGAUUUCAAAAAUGAGCUCCAGGCCUUUGGUGUUAUAGUUGAAUUCAAAGAGGGAGCUAAAUUUGUCAUAGACGGUAUUGACCUUCCCAGAAAUCCUUCUGUCAUUAACCCGAAUUGCAUUAAAUCCUUGCUAAAGUGCAUUCGCUAUCUUAAGGAGAAGGAAGAGUCUCUUCCAAAAGAGUUCAAGAAAAAGCUGAAAUGUAGAUGGAUAAAAACAGUCCUUGGCUACAGAUCUCCAGAAGAGAGCAUUCUCUUUGAUCCCAAGUGGAGUUUGCAAAGGAAAGAUGGUCCCUUUAUUGAUGACAUCUUCUAUGGUUCUGAGCUUACAUCUUAUAAAAAUGAGCUUGAAGAAAUUGGUGUAUCUGUGGAUGCCACUCAAGCAUGCCUGUUACUAGCACAUCGUAUUAAGUGUCACUCUGAUAUUACUACAAUUUCUAGAGUGUAUCUGUUCCUGAAUGAACAUAAAUGGGAGGCUAAUGAUAAAGCUGCAGAGUGGAUUUGGAUCCCACGUGGUGGUGGAGAAUGGGUGAGCUCCAACAGGUGCAUGGUAUAUGAUAAUCGUGACCUGUUUGGUUCCCAACUCUUCAUUUUGAAUAAAUACUAUGACACAAAGCUUUUUAAUUUCUUUGCAAGAGUUUUUGGGGUUCGGUUUAGUCCAUGGCUCGAUGACUACUGCAAGCUCUGGUCCUCAUGGGAACUGUCAGUGCACCACCUUACUGUGCAGCAAUGCUCUGCUUUCUGGGUUUUCAUUGCGAAUUACUGGAAUUGCUACACAGGGAAACAACUGCUGGGAAGCAUAUCAAAAUUACCAGUGCAAAGUAAUGAUGGGGUCAUUCUUUCUAAAAAACAAGAUGUAUUCAUUCCUGAUGAUCUCUUGCUGAAGGAAAUGUUUGACAUGGUUUCUGAAACAAUCUUUGUAUGGUAUCCUCCAGUUACCUCUCGUGCACUUUCUAGAGCAAAUAUGAACAAGAUCUAUAACAGCAUUGGUGUUCGAUCAAUUUCUGAGGCUGUAGAAAAGGAUGAGUCGUUCAGGACCACUGGUGCUAGUGUUAGGAAAGUCAAUCAGAAAUCUCUGAUAUUGAACAAUGGAUUGCUGAGGAUUGUGCUUGCUUUUCUUUCCGGUACUUCUCUUGAUAUAAUUGCUAAUGAAAGGCAUCGUCUUGUCAAAUAUUUGCUUGAUUUAGAAGUCUUGGAAAUUGAUGCUCCUGUUACAAUUAGCUAUAAGCUAAAACUAUCUUCUGGAACAAUUUUAGAUUCAAAAGCUACUAAAUUGUUCCAUUGGGAGAAGGAUAAGGCGAAGUUAUUCUUACAAAGAGAUGAAGGUGGAACGAAGCGGAAGAGAGAUGGUGGAACGAGGCAAAAGAGGCACAUAAUUGAAUAUGCAACAAAUUUUGCAAAUGUGAUUGCAAAGGGCUUAUUGUCUGAGAUGCCGGACCAGAUUGCUUCACUUGCCGAGCUUAUUAGUUUUGGUUGCUUGUUGGACUUUGAGGAAGAUGCAGUGAACUACUUAUUGAAGAACAAAAAUCUCCAGUUGUUUCCUGAAGACGAAGAGUUUCUAUCAUCUAUAUCGUCUACAAAGAAUGUGGGAAAGAUUGAAGCUGGUGAAACUGCUACAGUCCGCUUCUAA